CUUUGAUCAAGCAUAUGAACUUGCUAAAGCAAAAGAAGAGACAGAUAUUAAUAUUUUACAAAAAAAUAAUGAUACUGAUAUUAAUAUAGAAGGCUAUAAUUUAGCAUUAUUCUUGGCAGCCAAUCUAAAAUAUGAAAAUGAUUAUUCACAAGUACAAAGACUGCUUGGACAAUUUGUCAAAGUAUAG